AUGUCUAAAGAAGAAAGUGAUAUUAAAAGUGAUGUGGUGGAAAGAUCCAACCUACAAGAUUUUCGGUCGAAUCUCUUGGAGCACGAGCUUUAUGAUUUGCCAUUCGGGUCAUGUGAAGCUUACUCGACCCUAGCCAAAGAAAAGCAGUUACAGCCUUAUGGGCAGUCUUUUCCUUUCAUGUCUCCAUUUCUCAUUGUGUAUGUCCAAAAAAACAAUGUGGAGCUUAUCGACAGUUUCGCCAGCCGGGAGGUUGUUAAAGUCACCGUCUGUGAGGCACAUUUGGUAACAGCCGCCUCGUCGAAGGGCCGACCAGAGAAUUAUGCCGUUGACCGCAGGAUUAAGCCAAAUGGGCAGGCCCAGCGUCGCGAGCUUGUCAAUCACUCCCCUCAUAAGCGGCCCAUUGGGCUCAUCAAAAUGUCCCUGCAGCCCAAUCCCAUCCAUAAAAACCCCGCCGGCCCUCAGCCCCCUCAGCCUCUCCACGUAGGCGUCCACCGUGGACUUGCCGUCGCCGCACGUCUCCACCACGUUGAACUCGUUCAUGAAAAGAGUGGCCAGCGGGUCGACCCGGUGGGCCGCCGCGAACAGCCCCAGCGCCGCCGCGGGCCCAAGACGCCGCUCGUAGAAGUCGAAGUGGAGCAUCUCGUUGCUGACGUCCCAGUGAACGAACUCGCCCCGGUAGUGCGUCAGCAGGCUCCGGACCCGGUCGCACACGGCCGACCCGAGAUCCGGACCCGAUAG